AAUCUCUCUCUCUCUCUCUCUCUCUCUCUCUCUCUCUCUGUGCAUAUUUUCUAAGAUCCAGUAGUCCGUCCAUCCUUUCUCCCUCUCCCCUAUCAACGGCUUCCAAUUUCGAAAACCUAAGCAGUCUCGGAACAGAUUUGGAAGAUGGGCAUCGAGAACUACCAUGUAAUCGAGCUUGUUGGGGAAGGUUCGUUUGGGAAGGUCUACAAGGGGAGGCGCAAGUACACAGGACAGACUGUCGCGAUGAAGUUCAUUAUGAAGCAUGGGAAAAGUGAGAAGGAUAUUCACAAUUUAAGACAAGAAAUUGAGAUUUUAAGAAAGUUGAAGCAUGAAAAUAUCAUUGAAAUGCUCGACUCAUUUGAAAGCGCACAAGAGUUUUGUGUAGUCACGGAAUUUGCUCAAGGUGAACUGUUUGAGAUUCUGGAGGAUGAUAAGUGCCUUCCAGAAGAACAAGUGCAAGCAAUUGCAAAGCAAUUGGUGAGGGCACUUCACUACUUGCAUUCAAACCGUAUUAUCCAUCGGGACAUGAAGCCACAAAAUAUUCUCAUCGGUGCUGGGUCCGUGGUUAAGCUUUGUGAUUUUGGUUUUGCACGUGCAAUGUCCACAAAUACUGUUGUUUUACGAUCCAUAAAAGGCACUCCACUGUACAUGGCUCCGGAAUUGGUACGGGAACAACCAUACAACCACACGGCUGAUUUAUGGUCACUUGGAGUUAUAUUGUAUGAGUUAUUUGUUGGCCAACCUCCAUUUUACACAAAUUCUGUAUAUGCACUUAUCCGGCACAUUGUUAAGGAUCCGGUUAAAUAUCCUGACAACAUGAGUCUAAAUUUCAAAAGCUUUUUGAAGGGUUUGCUUAAUAAGGUACCACAAAAUCGACUAACUUGGCCCGCUCUCCUUGAACAUCCAUUUGUUAAAGAAACUUCAGACGAAGAGGAUGCUAGGGAAAUGCGUGCUGCAACUGCUGCAGCCAGGGGAUGUGAUGCAGCAUGGAGGGGAGAAGCUAACAAUGUUCAAACAUCACCGAGUUUAAAUGUUUCCACUCCAGGGAGUAAAAACAACUCUGCUGCUGCUUUUGAGAGCGAUAAUGGUCCAAAUCUUCAGAGUGAUGCUCAAUUAAGCAGUCCAAACACGGUAACAUGCAAUCCUUCACCGCAUGAGGAGUUCUCAGGGUUUCCAAGUCCUACUGAUGUUAAACAGUCAGGCUGCCAGACAUUGGACAGAUUGGAAAACAACUCCCGCACAGUCAAGGGUGCACAGAUAAUUGGUCAAGAUAAUGAAGCAUUAGCACAUGUUUUGCUACCUCUUAAAAGAUGGUCUGGAGGAUCUAAAAAUUCUUGCAGGGAUCAAGAUGCUAUUAGUUCCAAUCAGUCGCUCAGAGUUCUUUCAAACCUAGUUGCAGCUGGUGCUAUCCAUUCUAAUGGGCUAUCUGAUGAUAUAAUUCGUGAACUUCUUGUUUUCACUGGCAUUGCUGUUAGCUUGAAAUCCUCUGAAUAUAAUGACUUAAUGGCAAAGAGUUUCUCGAUCAUCAAAAUGCUACUAGAUGACUAUGGGACUGGCAUUGCAAGUUCAUAUUUCAGGCACUGGGUUGCAUUAUCUGAGAUUUUUUCACAGGUUGCUGGCUGCAGUGAAGAUUCAUGUGGAAGAGUUCUCUAUGAAUCUAGUGCUUGCAUCACUGUCAUGUUAUUAAGAGUUGCUCAGGGUCUCAAGGCAUCUCAUUCAACUUCAGUUCCUGAGGUGGUUUCUGCUCUUGACGAAACACUGAAAAGAAUAUUGGAUCAUGCUAAAACGUCUGGCUUGGUGGAUCAUUUGUGUCUCUGCUUAGUGAAUUCAGGCUCAAGUCUCAUUUCGGGUUCUUCAAAUAUGUUGCGUGCUGCUUGCGAAGCAUGUAGGGCUAUUUGGUCACUUAUAGAUGCACUGGAAACCCUUGCAACGAAAGAGAAACCCCUUUUAUUUCCACUACACGCUUUGCGAAGUCAUUCUUUAGUUCGACUUGACACUAGGGAGCAUGAUGGAAGCCCUUUACUUGGCACAGAAUCCGCAAAAAUUGUUGAUGUAGUGACAAGAGCAUUUGUUACAUCAAAAGCAGUGCAGGUUGCUAUUUACUAUUGCCUUCAUCAACGUCUCGAGGCUUCAUUGUCUGCUGGCAUUCAGCUCUUGGCAAGGUGCUGCCUGUAUAGUGGACUUGUUCCAGGUGUUCUAUGUGGACUUCCCGCUUCCCUACCUGCAACUAGUGUUGUAAGUGGUGGAGGGGAUGGCACCAUUGUCUCGGAGAUAUUCUCUAUUUUGUCUUUCUGCAUUUUAUCUUUAAAUAAAGAUCUGCAAACAGGUGAAACAAUCAACUUGAAGUGUAAAUUAACCAAUCCUGCUGCCCUGGUUCUUCAUUCAUGCCUCAUCCUGGCAACUGUUGCGCAAUGUUUGAAGUCAACUGGAAGGAAUUCUGCACUAUUUAUGCUUACAACCUCUCCAAAGAAGCAGCUUUCUCGACUUUCAGUGCUUGCACAUCAUUUUUCUUCUGAGGAUAGAGUGAACACUUCCUUUAAACCUCAUAGUGCAUCAGCUAUGCUGGCUCUUGCAUCCAUUCUAUCCCUUGAAGCUGGAGCGUCUGUUGAAUCUUCAGUCUCUGAAAUAGCUGUGCCUUUGAUUCCUCGAACUACCACACUUUGUGAUCAUCUCAAGAUUUCAUCUGCUAAUGAAACUGAAGUCGAUUCCAGACACCCAAAUGGUGCUCUCUCUUAUUGGCAUGGCCUUAGAGAUGGGUGUGUUGGUUUGUUGGAGUCUCGACUCAAGUGGGGUGGACCAUUAGCCGUCCAGCAGUUGUGUGCAAGUGGUAUCCCUUUGCUUCUUGUUGAUUUGUUAGCCAACAACCAUUCCAAUGCUACUCAAGGAAUUGACAGCAUAAAAGAUCGAGUUGGGUUAUCCCCUAUUGGGGUUGUAUGGACAGUUUCAUCAAUAUGUCACUGCAUUUCGGGUGGAGCUUUAACUUUUCGUCAGAUCUUGGUUAGGAGUGAACACAUCAAGCUUAUCUCUGACUUAAUAUCUGAUGUGCAUCUCAAGCUUGUAAAGUGCUGGGGUGGGCCUGGCGGAGGGAAGGAUGGACUCAGAGAUAUUAUAAAUGCAGUAGUAGAUCUAUUGGCAUUUCCUUUUGUUGCUGUACAGAAUGGUCCUGGCUUGCCAUCUGCCACUGCUUCUGUAAACAGUGGGUUCCUUCUCAACAUGGGUUCACCAGGAGGGAAAAUAUGCAUGGAAGACAAGGACAUGGUGAAAGCAAUCGAGGAAGACUUAGCAAAGUACAUUAAAAUCCUUCUGGAGGUUGGAGUACCUAUUCUUAUUCUUCGGUGCUUGGAACAUGUGGAGUUUAAAGAUUUGGGAAAGCCCGUUGCCUUUCUCGCAAAAAUGAUUGGCCAUCGACCUCUAGCUGUUCAACUUGUGGGUAAUGGCUUGUUGGAUCCAAAUAGGAUGAGAAUGCUGCUUGAUAGAUCAUGCCCAAGAGAAGUAACACUCGAUGUUUUGAUGAUAAUUUCUGAUCUAGCUCGCAUGGAUAAGGGAUUCUAUGAAUUCAUCAACCGGGCUUCUGUGUUGGAGUCAUUGAAAGAUUUUCUUACACAUGAAGAUCCCAAUGUACGUGCAAAGGCGUGCAGUGCUCUAGGCAACAUGUGUCGGCAUAGUUCCUACUUCUAUAAUUCACUAGCAAGGCACCAAAUUAUUCGUCUCCUCAUUGAUCGGUGUGAUGAUCCAGACAAACGGACUCGAAAAUUUGCAUGCUUUGCUAUUGGAAAUGCUGCCUACCAUAAUGAUACACUUUAUGAAGAACUUAAGAGAUCCAUUCCUCAGCUGGCAAACUUGCUGCUUGCAGCAGAGGAAGACAAGACUAAAGCAAAUGCUGCAGGUGCACUAAGCAAUCUUGUUCGCAACUCCAACAGGCUUUGUGAGGAUGUUAUCUCUAAAGGAGCCAUGCAGGCCUUGUUAAAGUUAGUAGCCGACUGUUCUGUAGUAGCCCUGAACCCAAGCAGAAAAGAUGCCGUUAACGAGUCACCAUUAAAAAUAGCUCUUUUUUCGUUGGCCAAGAUGUGUUCACACCAUCCAUGCAGGCAGUUCCUCUGUUCAUCAGAGUUGUUUCCAGUGAUUGGGAAGCUUCGACAAUCCCCAGAAUCAACAAUUGCCCAGUAUGCUUCUGUCAUUAUCAGCAAAGUCUCUGAUGCUUGAGGCCCCCCACCAAGCGAGAGCUUUGAAUGUAAGUAUGCAAUCACAGCGAUUGCCAGUAAUACUAUUGUGGAGCGGAUUUUGAAGAAAAUUGUAAAGAAGCUAGCAAGCCAUAAACUGCUCUAUAGUAGAUACUGCAAAGUAAUUUUUGUAUGUAUUACCUGUGUACGGAUCAAUUAUUCAAUCUGAAAGCCAUCUGGUUACAGUUUU